AUGCGUCGUGUUUCUGUAGAGAAAAGGCCCAAUGCCAUCCGCCUGGUGCAAAGUCAGGGUCUAGUAUUCGCCGAUGUUGUGGCUCCUGGCGCGUCGGAGCCAUAUUGGCCAGAUGAUCGUUACUACUCUUUUACUGAAGAGGAGAUAGGUGUCCUUGAAGAAGCCUCUAGAAACGUCUUUGCAAUGUGCUGCGAAGCAGCAGACUUUCUUGUGGAACACCCGGGCAUCAUCAAGAAAAUGGCUGUGCCUGCCUUUACAGUCAAGCAGAUCAAGGAGUCAUGGUCCCGCGAGCCUGCUUGGGGCAGCAUUUACGGCCGUUUCGACGUUUGCUUUGGGGGGCUUCAGCACCCAGAUCCGCGACUGCGUGUGCCAAGGUUCUACGAAUUUAAUGCAGAUACGCCGACAUCGCUGCUUGAGUCCGCCUUGAUCCAGUGGCUUUGGUUGGAGCAAACUGGUCACGGAAACGACCAGUUCAAUAUCAUUACUGAGAGGCUCGUCAAGGCCUGGAAGCGUAACCUGACGCUUAUCGACAAUAAGCUUGGCCACAAGCCCACAGUUUACUUUGCUGUUGGCGAGGGCGAGUCUACAGGAGAGGAAGCCAUGAACACCAUGUUCCUACUGGAGACUUGUCAGCAAGCAGGGUGGACCACUAAAACGCUUACGAUGGAGGAAAUUGCCAAGUCAAAGGACGGCCGCUUUUACGACGCACAGGGCAAUCACAUUGAUGUCAUCUUCAAGCUCUAUCCAUGGGAGUUCAUGAUCAACCAGCAGUUCGGCGAGGCAUGCUUCGAGGAUAUGGAAAACAUCGGCAAGCGCGACGAAGGUCAUUACGUUGGGGGAACGAUAUGGAUUGAGCCGCCGUACAAGCUUCUCUGGAGCAGCAAAGCGAUCUUUGCUGUCCUCUGGGACAUGUUCAAAGACGACCCUAGGCACAAGUGGCUGCUCCCUACGUACUUUGACGACGAGGUGCCUACUUCAAUGACGAGCUUCGCGCGAAAGCCAAUCUUUUCUCGCGAGGGUGCCGAUGUUGUCCUACGAAAGGAGGGCAAAAUCAUCCAGGAUGCGUCUACUGGAGAUUAUGGCGCUGAAGGAUAUAUUGUGCAGGAGCUUGCUGUGCUUCCUGAGUUUAUAGACGAUGAUAAUGCCUCGCAUUUUCCUGUCCUAGGCAUGUGGUUCGUCGAUGGCGAUCCGGUUGGGUUGGGCAUCCGAGAAGACAUUACACCGAUUACGACGAUCGCGUCGGUGUUCAUUCCACAUUCGAUUGAAGACGGACCUGUAAACUACGCGAGACAGGAAGCUGCCGAUGACGAAGAAGUUGAGAACUUGUUGAGGGUCGAGCCGUUCUUUGACUCAUUUAACAAGGAGGAGAAUGAAAUGUUGAGCUACAUCAAAAAGGUUGUGAUUUCCUAA